CAAGCAUCCACGCACAGUACACUCUCGAAGAAUAGGUGCUAUGACGGAACCAGUCUCGAAGCGAGAACGGUGGGAUCAGCUGCAGGCGGAACAGACAGCUAUCGACGCCGAAAUGCAGCGGCUCAUAGCACGCCGUCAGGACAUCGCCCACGAAAUGUCACUACUAGCCCCUGUCAAUACUCUUCCUCCGGAAAUCCUUGGAGAGGUCUUCAUGACCAUAUCAAGCUAUAGAGGCUACGAGAAGAUCGACUACAUCGUCUGCAUAUUAUGCCACGUCUGCACGAAGUGGCGCACUAUCGCCAUGAGCAUGCCGAUGCUAUGGAACACCAUAGACUUGGCCUAUAUUGAAGACAUCGCCGAUCCAUUCCUAUCCUUGCAACUGCAGCUAUCAGGCAACCUUCCGCUUCAUCUGGAGACCGACUACUGGGGGCGCUCAAAUUUACAGCUCCUGAACGAUCUUUCAGACACGCUCACUACACGUGUGGAGAGCAUAAGAAUCGAAGGCGAUGGGAGCUUGUUAUCAAGUCUGCGUACCCACGAAUUCUCAUCCCUGGUGGCCGCCGAUAUUACCUUGCUCGACGAAAAGUCCUGCGACUCGCUCAGCUUCCUAGCUCGCGCCCCUGCUCUGCGCGAAUUGGAUGUUACAGUGUCUUAUCCCUGCACAGAAGCAGACAUCACCAAUGACCUUGUCUUUCCUAUAACCACUCCUCUCAGCUUCGAUUGCUUAACGCAGUUGACGCUCUGCAUCAGCAAAGAACUUCCCAUCUGCGUAUUCCUUCCAGCACUCUCGCAUCUUGCACGCACGCUACAGGUGAUUAAUGUACUAGCUGACUGGACCGACUGGGAGGAGACCGUUCCCGCCGUCGCAUGCGACAUGCCCGUCCUGCACACUGUGACUACCGACCAUUGUGCUCACAGACUGCUCUUGCUCGUCACUGCACCUGUUCUUGCAACGCUUGACAUCAGCAACUACCGUCAUAGGCUGUAUGACCCGAUGGAUCUCGACAUUGCUGGAACGGACACACUCUUGCAGUGCCUCAUGGAUGUCCUUCAUCACCUAGUCCUACACGAUGAGAAUCGGGACCCAGACGAAGCCGGGCGUCUAGUCGAAGUGUUGGACAGGCUGACUUACUUCGAGGGCACGUCGCCACUUCUACCCGAGCUCAACUCAUUCUCAGUGGAGUGCGGGCGUGGUUGGGGCAACAGGCCGGAGGUCUUCUCUGAAGUCAUUGCGGCUUCGUCUCGCAUGAGACGGUCGCGGGAGUAUGCACGCGUAUGCGCUGGACGAACGGUGGCGGCCUUGGUGGAUUUCCAGACAAGCUUGCCGAUAUCGGCGAGUGAUGGAGUGGUGCAAAGUUGA